CUAUUCGAUUUACAAAAAAGAGGCACAGCUUGGCAAUGGAACGAGAAAAGGAAACAGUUCUAUCUGCACCAAUGUACACAUAUGGUCGAGCAACCUGAUUUGAAUUUAAGAAAUGAAGCAGUUAAUUAAGAACGAAAUAAAGGACAUAUUGAGAUUCUGGCUCGAUAAAGGCGUAGAAGGAUUUCGAGUAGACGCACCAAUGUUGUUCUUCGAAGACGAAGAACUCCGAGAUAAUCGACCAAUGACUGGCGAUGUAACCGCUUUCAGCAAUAUUUUCAGCCAAUUUGAACGUUGCUUCCAUCAUCCAGACACAUACAGAUAUUUGAACGAGUUGAAUGUAUUCUUGCGAGACUACGACCGAACGAGUGGGAAAUCAACUCGGACGCCAUUGAUAGGAGAAACGUACGGAGAUAUCCAAACAGUGAUCAAGUAUUUUGGGACGAGGCGUUUUCCAGCAUUCCAUUUACCUUUGAAUUACCUAAUGACCGAUAACAUGACUACUUAUUUGAAUUCUCGGGAACUUCACGACUUCCUUCAUACUUGGUUGAAUCAAGUACCCAAAGGCGUGGCAUCGAGCUGGGCGCUUGGUAAUUACGAUCAGGGUAGAAUUUCGUACAGAUUGAACGCAGAAUAUAAUUACAUCUUGUUGGCAUUAGUUACAAUGCUUCCAGGAGCAUGUCAAGUUUACUACGGAGAAGAACUGAACAUGGGACGAAAUAAUUUGGUACGCGAAAAAGAUCCAUUCAACAGGGUGUUUCAUCGAACACCGAUGCAAUGGGACGAUUCCAGGAAUGCAGGUUUCUCUACUGGUGACAAGACAUGGUUACCAGUGCACCCGAAUUACUGGAAUACCAACGUUCAAAGCCAGGAGCCCGAUCAAAACAGCAAUUUAAAUUAUUUCAAGGAUUUAAUGGCCAUUAGGAGAACACAGACCAUGAAAUAUGGCGAUUUGAAGUUCCACGUUAUGUCGGAUUGGGUGCUGGCAUUUUCUAGAACCUUCAAACAAACCAUGUUACACUAUUUUAAUGAAUUUGGAACCGGAAACUCAACCCAUCGAUGAGCUCACUGAUUUUAAUCAUCUUCCAGAAAAUUUGACACUACCUAGUGUCUUCUAGCUCCAACUCAGGGUACAAUAAAGGGUACAUAUAACUCGAUUUCCCAGUUUCAAGAUGAAAACUACCAGUCAAUAUCCAUCAUCAUCAGUCCUCAGACCAAAUUCGGUUAUCAUAUUGAGUUCGAAAUGAUAAUCAUCGGAGGGAAAUUACUUCAUACAAGAAGUGUACGCUAAAAAAAAAAAUCAACUUGCAAGUUCUUAAUCAUAAUAUCGAGUAGUGAUGGUGCUAGAGUUUGGAAAACCCGAGAUAUCUCCUUCCCAGAAAUUCAGAUUUUAAAUAUUUUUAUUAAGCUGUAAAUUAUUUGCAUGAAAGCUGCCAAUAAAGAAUUGUUCGAUAAA